CGUCAUGUAUAACGACGUGUCAGCGGAAUCCACGUGCGGACUUUUACGUAGUAUCUGCCUUCCGCCCAUGAAAGGCGGAUAUUACAUCGUGCACGCCGCCAUUUCGAAGACGACGGGCUCCGUCUUGGCAGGCCAUUGCCUCUGCCCCGCAGGCCUUAGGGGCACAUGCCAACAUUUUGUUGGAUUAAUCCUUCAAGCGAUUCACUUGGCGCAAAAGGAUGCAGUAAUGUGCACGGAGGUUUCAUGUACUUGGAUUGUUCCUGCCCAAGCCAAAAAGCCUGAGCAACCUCUGCCUCUGCAAGACAUCACUUUUCACUCAAGGAAAAAUGAAGGUGGGAAAAGGGCGGCGGUUCGACCCACUGCCAGGGCUCUCACCGAGUGAUCCAUCUCUG